AUGAAGUUCUCCCUCGUCGCCCUCCUCGUCGUCGUCGGCACUGGCACUGCCACUGGCACUGCUGCUGCUGCUGCCGCCAGCCAAGAAUACCGCGUCUUCGAGCAGUUGCCAGCGGCUCCCGCCCCGUGGAUCGUGAAGAAAGAUGCCCCGGAGAUCGACUCGAACCGGAGCUUCAGGCUGCGCAUCCAUCUCAAGAACCGCAAUGUGGGCCUCUUCCAGCAGAAGGUCCUAGACGCCAGUACCCCCGACCAUCCCUCCUACGGUCGCCAUCUCAGCCGGGAGGAAGUCAACUCCAUGAUCGCACCACCCAAGGACUCCUUCACGCAGGUGCUCGGCUGGCUCGCGGCCUACAAUCUGACCUCCCAGGCCAAGAUCGAGAACGACUGGGUGCUGGUCGACACCACCAUCGGGAUCGUGGAGACGCUUCUCGCUACCAGGUACCAGAUCUUCGAGAACUCCGAGUCUGGAAAGACGGCUGCGCGGACUCUGGAAUACAGUCUCCCGGCUGUCCUCCACGCCUACGUCGACAUUGUGGCGCCGACCAUCAAGUUCAGCGCCCCCGUUCCGCAGUUGUCCACCAUCGUGAAGGACUUCGAUGCACCCGUCGCCCUCAACAAGGUGGGCGCGGCGGCCGAUAUCCACGAUGGCCUCGAUACGGUUGCGUGCAACGUCUCCACCACGCCAGACUGCAUCAAGGCGCUGUACAAGUUCAAGCACUUCCGGGGCUCCCGUCGCAACGGUAACCGGAUUGGUCUUGCGGGUUUCCUCGAGCAGUACGCGCAACACGACGAUCUCGCCCAGUUUCUCGAGACCUACGUCCCAGGGACCUACGGAAACGAGUCCGACUUUACCGAGGUCCUCAUCAACGGCGGUCUCAACACCCAGGAUGCUACCGGGGGCCCCCAGAGCAUCGUCGAAGCCAAUCUUGACAUCCAGUACGGCCUCGGACUCGCCUACCCCACGCCCGCCGUCUACUACUCGACCGGAGGCCGGCCCCCGGAGACGGUCGACUACGAGCUGGACAAUGAGCCCUACCUCGAGUUCCUCACCGACCUCCUGGCCCGGAAGACCAUCCCGCAGACCAUCUCCAUCUCGUACGGGGACAACGAGUGGGGCGUCCCCAUCACCUACGCAAAGACGGUCUGCGAUCUCUUCGCCCAAGUCACCGCGCGCGGCGUCACCAUCCUCGCAUCCUCCGGCGACUCGGGCUCCGGCUCCAACUGCUCCUCCACGAACCCCUCCAAGCUUCUCUACACGCCCGCCUUCCCGGCCUCCUGCCCCUGGGUGACCGCCGUCGGCGCCACCCGCUACGUCGCCCCCGAGCUCGCCGUCUCCUUCUCGGGCGGCGGAUUCUCCGACUUCUUCGCCCGGCCCGCGUGGCAAGACGCCGCCGUGUCCGCCUGGCUCAGCACCCAGGCCGACCCGGCCUUCACGCCCUUCUUCAACGUCUCGGGCCGCGCCUACCCGGACGUGUCGGCCCAGGGCGUCUACUUCCACACCAUCAUCACGGGCGUCGACGAGCUCGUAUCGGGCACGUCCGCCUCGUCGCCGGCCUUCGCCGCCGUUGUCGCGCUGCUGAACGGCGACCGCAUCUCCCACGGCCUGCCGCCGUUCGGCUUCCUGAACCCCUGGCUCUACUCCAAGGGCGUGAGCGGCCUGGUCGACAUCGUGGCCGGCAAGAGCAGUGGGUGUAGCCAGAUCCCGGGGAGCGGCUUCCCGGCGGUGGAGGGCUGGGAUCCGGUGACGGGACUGGGCACGCCGGAUUUCAAGAAGUUGAGGUUGGCCAGCACGGGCAUUUCGGGCUAG